CACACGGAACACACCUCCCUCCCACCACCAGUGUACCCGUGCCCGAUCUCUCUCCCUCUGACACUACAGACCCUGCACCGAUUCACCACCGGCUGCCUCAUCCAGGCAUGGCAGACGGCUUUACCCCAUCAUGGCAGUGCUACAUUACACCCUUGACCUCAAGCUCCGCGCGCCAGCUGACGUUUCUGCGACUGUGCGUGGCCUGCAGUCUAUAUUUCAAGAGCAGGAAAUGACAGAGAAUGUCCACGAAUCGGAGGGAAAUGGAUAUUUGGCCACCUUUAUUGGCAAGAAUGGCAGGUUUGCCAUACUACGAAUGCACUCUCAUGGUCUGGUGACCUUUGACCUGCAGUGUCUGGAAGGGGAUGAUGUAGCGCAAGUGGACAAUCUACUGAAUGCACUGGAGAAGAAAUUCAAGGCUCUUCUAAAUGGAAAUGUUCAAAGGAUCAAGAGACUCCCUGCACUGAUUCGAGGCAGUGAUGUUGACAGAUACUGGCCCACUGCUGAUGGCAGGCUCAUGGAGUACGAUAUUGAUGCAGUUGUGUACGAGAAGGAUUCUGAUUACCAGAAAAUCAAAAUCUUGCAUUCACGGCAGUUUGGCAAUAUGCUCAUCCUUAACGGGGAUGUCAAUCUGGCAGAGAGUGAUCUGCCUUACACUCAGGCCAUUAUGGGCAGCGGCAAAGAGCACUAUGCUGGAAAGGAGGUACUUAUUCUGGGAGGAGGAGAUGGUGGAAUUCUCCAUGAGGCGGUGAAGCUCAAACCAAAGAUGAUCACCAUGGUUGAGAUUGACGAGCUGGUGAUUGUCGGAUGUCGGAAACACAUGAGGAAAACAUGUGGGAAUGUUUUGGAUAACUUGAAGGGAGAUUGUUAUGAAAUUUUGGUACAGGAUUGUGUUCCAGUACUUAAAAAGUUUGCUGAACAAGGGAGGACGUUUGAUUAUGUAAUCAAUGACUUGACAGCUGUCCCUAUCUCCACAGCACCAGAAGAGGACUCCACAUGGGAAUUCCUGAGGCUCAUUCUUGACCUUUCAAUCAGAGUUCUGCGACCUGGUGGGAAGUAUUUCACGCAGGGUAAUUGUGUGAAUUUAAUUGAUGCACUCGGUGAAUAUGAGAAGCUUUUGGGGAGACUUUCAUGUAAAGUGGACUUUUCCAAAGAGGUGGUGUGUGUGCCCUCAUAUAUGGAGCUGUGGGUGUUUUACACCAUAUGGAAGAAGUAAUGUCUCUUCCUCUUUCACUCUCUCCUCCCAAGUCCUGCCGGAAUGUGAAGACUUCUCCCUCACCCUCUGAUGCACUGAGCGGAGACAUGCACAUAUCUCUCCAAGCACUGUUUCUACUGUCCCUUCACAUCCAAUAAUGAACAGCCUUCCCAUUUUUUUUACUUUGCUUUUGUGUUUAAAAAUGAUACAGAUAUGACAAUUUUGUUUGUUUGUUUGCCAGUGUUGUUUUGAUGUAGUUUGCAGGGAGUGGACAUUGCUGAUGUUACUGAAGGCCCGGAGGGUGGUGCAGCAUCCAGACUUUGCUUUUUUUGAGUCACAAAGAACAGCCAAGACCAAUAGCUUUUUGAUUCUGAUUUUAAAAAAUGCUCUGUGUUUUACUGUAUUUCUUUUCUUUCUUUUUUGUUAGCCUUGUGUUUGACGUUUUUGCAUUCUGUAGUUAUUGUGGCUUAAAUGUGAUUUGAUACAUGGUUUCACAGGGAGUUUAAAGGCUGUUGCAUUCUGGGAUUGCACCAGAUCGUCUCUUCUUCUAUUGAAGUUGAAGCCCCUAAAUAUGUCUUAAAAGGGAAAAAAGUUCCUGCUGUGGCAAUUUUCAUUCUGUUUUUUUUUUCUUUACCGAACUGUGAAUGUUUUAUUUUUAUGUUUAGCACAAAAUAGAUUCAAAGUAGGUUUCCCUGCUUGAUGUUGUUUUUGCAAUAAAAAAUGUUUCUAGUUAAA